AUGGCUUCCAUUGAACUACCCUCAGGAUCCAACAAACCGCUGAAUACGCAAGUCGGCGGUCAUUCUGGCGUCCUCGCAACGGAGGAUGGCUCGCUCUUGAUCAAACCAGCGCUUCCUCUCGAGCUUCAAUUCUACCAAACAUCCGUUCGAGAUCCAGGAUUUGCGCCCCUGCGACAUUUCGUCCCCAAGUUCUACGGUACGCUCUCUUUGCAAGGAAAAGUUGAUGAGGGCAAGGGUCUCGAGGGAGGGAUAGCCGUUACCCCUGUUGAUUCCUCCGAGAAAGAUGAGUGCGCAUACUCCGCGAAGAAAUCAACCCAAUUAACGGCUCAGAACCUCUCUCAUCCCUUCAUCAAACCAAAUAUCAUCGACAUCAAACUUGGCACUGUUCUCUAUGAUGAGACGGCAUCACCAGACAAAGUGGAACGCAUGAUCAAGACGGCCAAAGACACGACUUCCCUAGAGACGGGGAUCCGCCUCACAGGAUUUCAAGUAUACAACAACGACACCGGUCUUCCAGUGAAUACGCCCAAGGCAUACGGGAAGUCGAUCAAGCCUGCGGAUCUGCCUGAUGGCAUUGCGCGAUUCUUUCCUGUAGCCUCCGCCGCAACCACGGCUGAGAACUCGAACAGUGGCUUGACCCGAUCCACACUCCUUCCUAUAUUGAGAGGUAUUCGGGAGGAUGUUGCCGAGUUAAAGGAUGCCUUUGCGCAAGUGGACAUGCGAAUGGUCGGCGGAAGUGUCCUUAUUGUCUACGAAGCGGAUGAGGACAAAGCGAAGGAGGGACUAAAGUUGCUUGAGGAAGGAGCUUUCGAAGAUGAAGAUGACGAAGAUGACGAGGACGAAUCCGAAGAUGAACAGAAUAAACCAGGCCCACCCUUUGUGGUAAAGCUGAUUGAUUUUGCCCACACACGGAUUGUUCCAGGGGAAGGACCUGAUGAAGGCGUGCUACUGGGGUUGAAUACUGUUCUGAGGCUGCUUGAUGGACGUAUCGAACAGAUUGAAUUGUCUGACUGA